AUGUGGAGAACGCAGAACGGGCGUGCCAUGGCCCGAGCCCUGGUCCUGGCCACUUUGUGGCUGGCAGGGGCUGGGCCGGGGCUGCGGCGGCGAUCCCUGACUCUGCCCAAUGCAAACCCACUCUUUCUCUACGGCUGGGGCAAGAGCACCCGCCUGCAGUACCUGUACGUUGCUGGUCCCCACAUCUCCAACUGUUUCGUGCAUAUCCGAAGCGACGGCUCCGUGGAUUGCGAGGAUGAACAAAACGAACGAAGUUUGCUAGAGUUCCGCGCGGUCGCUGUGAAGACGAUUGUCAUCAAGGACGUCAGCAGCGUGCGGUACCUCUGCAUGAGCGCGGACGGCAAGAUACAGGGGCUGACUCAUUACUCGCCGAAAGACUGUACCUUCAAUGAGAAAUGGGAGUAUAUAACUUACAACAAGUACGAAUCUCCGAAUCACCACCUCUAUGUCGUCCUCUUCAGGAACAAAUACAGGCAAGAUCUCCUGAACAAAAAACCCUCACUCUUUCUCCCCAUAUUUGCCCGGUUCUUGGAACCCAGAGACCAGCUGGAGUCGAAAGUGUUGCCUCUGUCGCUGGCUUCGGACAGCAUGGAUCCUUUCAGGAUAACGGAGGACUUGGAGAUAAAGAGCCCCAGCUUCCAGAAGUGA